CCUUUCAAAUUCUUGUAUCUUUGUCAAGGAGAGACGGCCCGCCAAAAAAUUAAAGCUCAGAAAUUCGUGAUUUAGGGUUUUCAGUUCUUUUUCUUAAAAAAUUGUUUGCCUUGAUUCGAUUGCUAUUCUUUUUUUCCUUAUUGUUUGAUAGUUUGCUGAAGUCUUGCAGUUCGUUGAUCUUUUGGUUUGUUUGCUAUAUCUGAUAUGCGUUUGAUUUUUAUAAAGAAAAAAAAAAGAAAAAUUGUUGAUUUUUUGUGGUUAGGGUUAGCGUAUCUAUCUGUUGGUGUUUGCUUUUAUACGUUCUCGAGAUUGAUUUUUGAUUGAGAAGAAAUUCUGGUUCUUUAAUAAUAUGGCGGCAGGGGGAAUUGAUGUUUCGAGGAGGAGGAGUAAUAACUGUUACUCCAAUAAUCAUUUAGAUCGAUAUAAGAACGGUACUCAUCAUCUGGUGUAUAAUAAGAAUGGGCACCAUUAUUGCUCAAGUUCCCGGAGUUUUAGUUUUAAAAGAGAUGGGAUUAGCUGUAGAGAUGAAGAGAAGGAAUUGGGUGAAAUUGAAGCUGGAUAUGGCCUGGAUAGGUUGGAGGAUGGUGAGAUACCAGUGUGUGAAGAUGGGAUUAAGUUGCAUUUGGAGAGGAAAAGGAAGUUCUCACCCAUUAUUUGGGACGUAGAGGACAAUUUAUCAUUGAAAAAGAAAGCUUUGUCAAAUUUUUCUAAGCUUUCUCCACCUGGAGCUUGUGGUCACGGAUUAAACAAUGUUACAGAUGCAGUUGUUGCAAAAGAUACUGUCCCAGCUGGGUUAGAGCACACGGCAGAUAAGGCAUCUGGGACAGGAGGAUCAUUAGGUGCUUCUGGGUCCGAGUCCAAGUCCCCAGUCAUUGCGUCUCCAUCAUGUCAAGAGAAGAAUGGGAAUGAUGACCAAGAAAAAGGCCAAAGGGAGGAGGAGGAAGGGUUUCCUGAAGCACGGAAUAUAUCCAUGUCUCGAUGGGCAUCUGACAGUGACUCCCCAAGGGAUGCAAGUUUCUCUGAUGAUGAAGGCUCACCUGGAGAAACUGUAUACAGAAAGGAUUCAAGUACUAGGAUCUUGGGCGGUAAUAGAUUGACACCCACUGGAUCCAUUGGAAGAGAUUGCAGUGCAGGGUCUUCUCGUGGAGAUGAAGAUUUUGGAAACCAAUCAGAAAAUGGUGAUCUCAUGGAUGUUGAUCAGACUCGUGAUGUAAUCCACGAUGUGAACCAGAUGGAUGAUAGUUGCUGUCAGGCUGAAGAGCCCAUUGCUGCUACCCAAAGAAGUGUGGAUAUGCUCGAGGGCUGUAGAAGUGUGUACGAGUUUGAGAGACUUCAUGAAAUUAAUGAAGGCACAUAUGGUAAAGUAUAUAAAGCAUUGGAUAAGAAGACCGGGAAACCUGUGGCAUUGAAGAAAGUGAAGAUGGAUGUUGGAAGAGAUAGGAACUUAGAAGAAUAUGGUUUCCCUAUAACCUCUUUGAGGGAAAUUAACAUUCUUUUGUCUUUUCAUCAUCCCUCAAUUGUGAAUGUUAGAGAAGUUGUUGUGGGUGGGCUUGAUAGUGUUUUUAUGGUGAUGGAGUACAUGGAACAUGAUCUCAAGGGGUUUAUGCAGGUGAGGAAGCAGCCCUUUAGUACAAGUGAAGUGAAAUGCUUGAUGCUACAGUUGUUGGAAGGCGUCAAGUAUCUUCAUGACAACUGGGUGCUUCAUAGAGAUUUGAAGACAUCGAACCUUCUUUUGAACAAUGAAGGGGACUUGAAAAUAUGCGACUUUGGAAUGUCACGCCAAUAUGGAAGCCCGUUGAAGUCUUAUACAUCUCUUGUGGUUACUUUGUGGUACAGGGCACCUGAGCUUCUAUUGGGAGCAAAGCAAUAUUCUACAGCAAUUGACAUGUGGUCAGUGGGUUGUAUAAUGGCUGAGCUGUUAUCCAAGGAACCCCUAUUUAAAGGGAAAAGUGAAAUUGAUCAGCUUGCCAAGAUUUUUGGAGUUCUUGGUACACCAAGCGAGAAGAUUUGGCCUGGAUUUUCCAAUUUGCCUGGGGCUAAAGCAAAUUUUGUUAAGCAGCCGUAUAAUUUGCUACGGAAGAAGUUUCCUGCAACAUUUUUUACAGGAUCCCCUGUUCUUUCAGAUUUGGGAUUGGACUUGUUAAACAAACUUCUAACAUAUGACCCAGAAAAGAGAUUAACAGCUGAAGACGCCUUGAAUCAUGCUUGGUUUCGAGAGGUUCCUCUGCCUACAUCUAAAGAAUUCAUGCCUACUCUUCCCCCUCAGUAUGCGAAAAACAGGAUUAGCUUUCAAGAGAGGGAUCCUUUCAUAUAGAUCCUAUGGGAGAUAAAUCUUUCUUUAUAAUGAUGCUGUAGCCUCCUUGAACAGUAAGGUCAUAGUUGUUGACCUUUUCCUCUCUUGAUUUUAUUCUUCCAGUUCUCCCUGUUUAGGUUUGAAUCAAAUUGGUGUAAAUAAAUUCUAAUUGCUUUUAAUUUGGAAGGAUCUUUCUUCUGUUUAAUUCUCAAGCUGCUGUUUCACUAUUUUUUUUUUCCUUGAAUAUGUUUUUUCUUUGCAAGAGGUAACUAAUGUGAGACAAGGGAUCGACACUGCAAAUGCAUGCUAGUCCAAAGUUUGGGAAGCAUUGCACUGUAAGGUACAUGACAUCUGUGUCGCGCUAACCAAUUUUCUGCUUUGCUUUUGAGUGCUUUGUUUAAGCAUAUUGGUGUUUCUUGAGAAUUUGACGAUACUGCUUAAGGGGAAAGUAUCAAUACUGAAUUCAUUCUGAAUCCCAAUGUUCUUGGUCCCUCGUGAAUGCAAUCUAGCCUUCAAGGGUGAACGAGAACUUGGAAACCAUUUUCUGUUGAUGUGUUUUUUUAUUAUUUAUUUAUUUACUUUUUUGUGUGAAAAGAAGGGGGAAAUGCUGUAAUGUUGGGCAGCUGGUUUGCUUGGUUCAUCUGCUGUUAUCGAUCCAACUGAAUCUGUGAGUUCAUUACUGGAAAUUAUGUGAUUGGACUGUUUGAAACAAAAUUUUAAUGAGUUUGCUGCAGAUGCAUUCAUUCACACGUGCUUUUAGUUUCGUUUCUAUGCCUGAACAGUGUUACUAUUACCCAAUGUUGAUUUCUUAUCAUCCUGUUGUCCUCCCACCCCCAAAACAACCAGUUGAGGGGUGUGUUUCUGCUCUUUAUUGUUUGUUGGGGUGUGUUUCUGCUCUUUAUUGUUUGUUGGAAGUGUACUUGUGAGUUGAGAAUUAUAAGGUUCUUUUGAUUAUUGUUUGUUGGAAGUGUACUUGUGAGUUGAGAAUUAUAAGGUUCAUUUGAUUAAGUUACCCAGCAUUGCUGCUACAUUGCAGAAUUUGCAAGUGAUCGGUUAGCAUUUAGCUGGUAUUUGGUUUCUUAGUAAGUUCUGUUGUUGACUUGUUUUUCUCAUUUCCUUAUUUGGUUUUAUGUUGUAGUUAUCCCGCAGACUUGUCCAUUUAUAAUUGUUCUUUCAGCUGUCUGUGUAUGCUUAUUUCCAGUGUGGUAGACCUCUCUCACUUUCUCUGAUUCAUCAAGGACUUUAAAUAGAAGUGAUCAUUCUUUCAAUAUCCACUAAGCCAGACCAAGUUGGUACAGCUCGGGUUGCAAACUUAUCUCAAUUCCUUGGGGUGCCUGUUUGCAGCACUGCACUGUAGGAGAGAGAUUAUGCUGGGACAGUUUGUCUUGUGAAGACUGAUAAAUUGAUUGAUUAUAUUUCAAGUUGUAUUAUAAUGUAACCAAGUAACGUUAAAAGUUGCUUUGAUAUCCCUCUCACAUGGGUAAGUAUCGUACUCCAGUUGAAUUCAUCCCUCUAGAUGCUGCUGGCAAUGUUAUUUUUUCAUGUUUACAUUCGACAUAAGUUCAGAUUGGCAGUUUACAUU